GGAACAGGAGGAGGAGGAAGAGGAGGAAGAAGAAUCUGAAGAAGUUCAAGUGGAAAAGGAAGAGGAUGUUGAAAAUGACCCACAAGGAAUCAGCCAAUGUCUCGAGAAGGAUGAUGCUUUAUAUGUUACGAUUCCAGGAGAAGUCUCACAGUCUAUUUCUGUCAAACCACCAACUCCUCCUCCUAGACCUAUGGCUACUUCCAACAGAAUGGAAAACUUUCCUGGCAUUUUACAAGGAAAAAUGUCGGCAAGCCAAACUGAAAGAAGCCAGGCCUGCUGUUAUCCCCACUUAAAACCAGAAGAAGAAAACGAACCCGAAGAAGAGGAAGAAGAGAAAGGAGAGAAGGAGGAUGUGGAGGAAGAGGAAGACCCUUACACUUUGGCUGAAAUUGAUGACAGUGAAUAUGAUAUGAUAUUUGCCGGUGAUAGUGCCCCGAAAAAAAUAGGAAGCCGAUCUUUCAUCAUCAACAGACCUCCGGCGCCUGCCCCUCGUCCCACUUGUGUCCCCAGUAAAGAGACGAAUACCCCUUACAUAGCUCAAGUGUUUCAGCAGAAAGCAGCCAGAACUCAGCUGGAUAGCAGGAGACCAUAUGCUCCACAUGCCAAAAAGCCAGAUCCUAGAGUUGGAUUCAACAAUCAAACCGAAGCUAUGCUGAGAUCCUGUAUACCUUCUGGUCAGGAAGAGCUAAUUCUUUUACAGGAGAAGGUGAAGAAUGGGAAAAUGUCUGUGGAUGAGGCACUUAGGAAAUUUAAGCAGUGGCAGAUUGAAAAAAGUGGACUAGAAGCUAUUCAGCAGGAAAAGCUUCGCCAUCUCAGGGACUGCAUUAUUGGGAAAAGGCCAGAAGAAGAAAAUCUCUAUGACAAAAUCACCAUCGUUCACCAUCCUUGUGUUAAAAGAGAAAUCAUCCAUCAUGAGAGCACUUUUUAUAGUGCAACAGUGGACAGUCUGCAUCCCCCUCAAGUGCCUGUAGAAAAGGAAUACAGUUUCUGUUCAAGGAAAGCCAUCUAAAGGAGGGCAUUGUAAAUGAAACCAAAGGUUUGCAGCUGUUGCCCUUGCCUCAGUGGAGCAGUCUAGAAUGCUGAUCAAAGGCCCCGUGAACCCCUACCAACAGAUGUGUUCGCCUACCGCCUCUAAAUGAACAAACUGCAGUGAUUGGUUCCCUGUGAAGUUAACCAUUCCA